AUGGUCCAGGUACCCACGCCGCCUGCCUCGCGGCUAGGCUCUGAGGAUUCCGCGGCCGCGAAGCCUGUCGACGACCAGUCGGAGCUGCUGCAAUCGCUGGAUGAAUUGCUGGAGCAGUACCUACACCUGCUGGAUCGCCAGCAGAAACUGCAAUCUGGAUUGGCGAAGGAGCUUUCUUCGAAGGGGUUCCUGGCUCUUGCCCAUGCAAACUACACCUGUCCUCCUGGCCGACGAUAUGGCGCCGAUUACUACGAUGAACGAAUGAAGGCGACGCGUAAAAUGUCAGUGAGGUCAUGUUACUGCGAGAUGAAACGAACAGAAGCUGAUGUAUGCGGGAUCAAUAGCUCAAUCCAAACGGAACCUGAAAUCGAUGCGGCCGAAGAUACAACAAGCUCGCAAUCCUCGCACGAGACGGAGUACAAAUUUCUCCUGGAACGCGUUGUGAAGGUGGAGUCGCAGGAAAAGACCGAUGAAAAAGAUGAAAAGAUCGCAUCGUUCGAAGACUCUCAAUCAGAAGCCGAGGCCACACCGCAAAACAAUGAAGGCAACACCAACAAGUCCGACGAGAGCCCGUCAGCGGAAUCUAAAGCCCCCAAGAAGAAAUUUCAUUCGAACGACCCCCUUCAUUGGUAUGGCAUUCUCGUACCGCCGUCGUUGCGCAAUGCACAGCGGUCCUUUACAGCAGCCGUCGAGGGCCAAGUGCCCGAAUUGGCUGGCGUGGUGGUGGAAAUGCGGGCCUUGGAGCACAAAAUUGCCGAGCUACGAACGGAGAUAGGAGUCGAGCCGCUCGAAGAAGCUAGCCCUGGGAAGCCUUCGUGA